AUGACAAGAAUUGAAGAAGUUGAUGAAGAAGACGAUGAAGAGAUCGUAGACCUGAUCGAGAUGUUCCGAGAAUGGGGAAACAAGCCCUCCGUGAGAAUGGUGAAAGAGAAAGAGGUUCAAGUGUUCUACAUAAGUCAAGGAGAUGAAGAAUUGAACGAAAUGGACAAGUAUCAGCUGUGGUACGAGGAAGAUCGACCAGAAGUCAAACAGAAAUCGAUUGAGGAUCCAAGUCCAAGUCCAAGUGUCCCAGAAGAAGACCAACCAGAAGUCAAACAGGAAUCGAUUGAGAAUCCAAGUCCAAGUCCAAGUGUCCAAGAAGAAGACCAACCAGAAGUCAAACAGGAAUCGAUUGAGAAUCCAAGUCCAAGUCCAAGUGUCCAAGAAGCAAGUAAAGAUCGAGUACGAACGGUUCGGAUCUACAGAGCAGCAAUGGAAGAUGGACAAGAUGAUGUACCGAUAUCGAUCAGGAAACUUACACUGACGAAGGAGUUGAAAGAUGACUUGGAGAACGGUAAGUACGAGGAAGGUUGGUUUUUCCUGAGCGAUGGAAGACCAGUGAGAAUCGACUGGGAUGUGAACACAACGUACAACCUGGGAAAGGAUGAAGGAAAGUCAUUCAAGUACAGAACAACACUGAGAACCAGAUAUGAAGAAGAGGAAUUAGUCUGGGAAGAAAUGGAAUUUUUCGAGUGCGCAGAAGAAUUGAGAGAAAAGAGCAGAAUGGUCAUAGUGCCAGAGAUUGAAAAAUCAGUAGUCAUCACGAUCAUGGAAAGGGUUCCGAGAGGUGUUGAAGAUUACGGAGAGUACAGCAGCCCUUCCAAGAAGAAGGAAGUUGAAGACAAGCGUGAUGUUGAAAUGGAGCCUCAAGGAGAAGAAGACCUGUGGAAAGGAAGGUCAAGGGAAGAGUUACAGCGAGAUAUUGAUGAAGGAAUGAAAGAGUUAUCGGAAGCACCAGGUUACCGCCAUCGAGUGGAAUUGAAGUGGCACCCAUUGAAGGACCGCCAGUACAAGUUCCAAGAGAUCCAGAAGGCCCGAGUAAGAGAGAGCUCGAAGGAGGAGCUACAGAAGAGCCUGAGGCAACAAGACCAAGAGUCGAUGAAGGAAGCGGCCAAGUUGAAGAACGACCCGAGAA